AUGCCUCCCAACAGAAUCGACGUCCACCAUCACUUCGUUCCGGACUUUUACCGUAAAGCCGUCCAAAGCUCGGGUGGCGAUCCGUCUGGUUGGUUUAUCCCUGACUGGACCCCAGAGCUUGAUGCAAAGGUGAACCAGAAGUUUGGUAUCACAACCAGCAUCCUGUCUUUAACGGCGCCUGGUGCCUGUAUUCUCAAGAGUCCUCAGGCUUCUGCGGAUCUUGCACGCAAGGCCAAUGAGUAUGUCGCCAAACUGCGCGACGAGAAUCCCAAAGGAUAUGGUUUCCUGGCGGCGCUACCAAACAUCUUGAAUAAAGACCUAGCCCUGGCUGAGCUCGACUAUGCCUACGACGUGCUCAAGGCAGAUGGUGUUGUUCUCUUUACCCGAUAUGGCGAGGAUAACCACUACCUUGGCCACCCUGACUUCAAGGAUAUCUGGGCGGAGCUAAAUCGCCGCUCGGCAGUUGUCUUUGUGCAUCCUACCCACCCAGUGGAUAUCAGCCGGGUCAGUGACCUGCCUCAGCCCGUUAUUCGAUACCCGUUCGAGACAACGCAGACCGCACUCGAUAUGCUGUACAACAAGACGGUUCGCAACAAUCCCAAUUGCAAAAUCAUCUUGUCUCAUGCCGGUGGCACUCUUCCGUUCCUCCUCAGUCGCCCAGCCAGCAUCCUUACCAAUACAAAAGAGGAGCUAGAUGAAUUCUGGGAGGAUGCCCGCAACUUUUACUAUGACACUGCCGUGGCUGGUUCGGAGAAUGUGCUGCGGAUUAUGGAGAAAUUCGCAAAGCCGGGCCACCUUCUCUAUGGCAGCGACACGCCCUACGCCAACAAUGAUAUCGUCAACUUCCAUACAUCGCGACAGGAUGCCUACCAGUUUGAGGAUGCAAGCCUUCUGGCGAAAAUCAAUCGCGAGAAUGCUUUGGCCCUGUUUCCUAGACUGAAAUAA